AUGGGCUGCCAACACAAAGGCCAGGAUGCGCGACUUGGUCUCCGGUACUUAGCACAGGUUGUCCGCAGAGACCGGUCCCUGGAGAAGUUCUCCGAGUCCCGCUCGGGCCGGGUGGAGAUGCGCAAGUGGAGCUCGGAGCCGGGGCCGGAGCCCGACACGGUGGAAGGGGUGGGUUGCGGGGACGGCAAAGGGAGUCCACCUGGGGUCACCUUAAGGGAAGGGGCGCCCGAUGAGUUAGCCGACAGGUUUUUAUUAAUUCGUUUAAAAGAAUUUUGUGGAGAAUUUCUUAAGAAAAAGCUUCAUCUUUCCAACUGUGUGGCCAUCCAUAGCUUAGCCCACAUGUACACCCUGAGCCAACUUGCUCUGAAAGCUGCCGACAUGAUCCGAAGGAAUUUCCACAAAGUCAUCCAGGACGAGGAGUUUUACACCUUGCCUUUCCACCUCAUUCGAGACUGGCUUUCGGACCUGGAGAUAACGGUUGACUCUGAAGAGGUUCUCUUUGAGACGGUUUUAAAGUGGGUUCAGAGGAACGCGGAGGAGAGAGAGCGGUAUUUUGAGGACCUUUUUAAAUUGCUCCGGUUGUCCCAGAUGAAGCCCACCUACCUGACUCGGCACGUCAAACCAGAGCGGCUGGUGGCUAAUAAUGAAGCUUGCGUCAAGCUGGUGGCCGAUGCCGUGGAGAGGCAUGCUCUGCGAGCAGAGAACAUACAGUCGGGAACAUUCCAGCACCCUGCUUCUCACGUCUCUCUCUUACCUCGCUAUGGGCAAAACAUGGACGUGAUCAUGGUGAUUGGAGGUGUGUCCGAAGGGGGGGACUACUUGAGUGAAUGCGUGGGGUACUUUGUGGAUGAGGACCGGUGGGUGAACCUGCCUCAUAUUCACAAUCACCUCGAUGGGCAUGCGGUUGCAGUGACAGAAUCCUACGUCUAUGUUGCUGGGUCCAUGGAACCAGGGUUUGCUAAAACGGUGGAAAGGUACAAUCCGAAUUUGAAUACCUGGGAACACGUUUGCAGUCUGAUGACAAGGAAGCACUCUUUCGGGCUAACAGAAGUCAAGGGGAAGCUCUACAGCAUUGGUGGCCACGGCAACUUUAGCCCUGGCUUUAAAGAUGUGACUGUUUAUAACCCUGAGCUCGAUAAAUGGCACAACUUGGAAUCGGCACCGAAGAUUCUUCGAGACGUCAAAGCGCUCGCCAUCGAAGACCGGUUUAUGUACAUUGCUGCCCGCACACCUGUGGACCGGGACACUGAAGAUGGACUAAAGGCCGUCAUCACGUGCUACGACACAGAGACUCGGCAGUGGCAAGAUGUGGACUCGUUGCCACUUAUUGACAAUUACUGUUUUUUCCAGAUGUCGGUGGUCAAUUCAAACUUUUACCAGACCGCAUCGUGCUGUCCUAAGAGUUACCCUUUAGAAAAUGAGGAAGCAGUACGAAAAAUUGCCAGCCAGGUUUCCGAUGAGAUCCUCGCAAGCUUGCCUCCUGAAGUGCUGAGCAUCGAAGGAGCGGCCAUUUGCUAUUACAGGGACGACGUCUUCAUCAUUGGAGGGUGGAAAAACAGCGACGACAUUGACAGACAGUAUCGGAAAGAAGCCUACCGCUACUGUGCUGAGCGGGAGCGGUGGAUGCUGCUCCCUCCCAUGCCACAGCCCCGUUGUCGGGCCACCGCCUGCCACGUGAGAAUCCCAUAUCGGUAUUUGCAUGGCACCCAGAGGUACCCAAUGCCUCAAAACUUAAUGUGGCAGAAGGACCGGAUCAGACAGAUGCAGGAGAUACAUCGGCACGCCCUGAACAUGCGCCGGGUGCCGAGUUCUCAGAUCGAAUGCUAGGUUCCCCCAGAGGGGCCGCUUGGAACAGUCAGUCACCCUUAAGACUGACGCAAUCCAGACUGUUCCCGAGUCAAAGAUGCCAGUAACUUAUUUGCUCCCUGAACCGACGGCGACCACGUGUAAAGGAGGAGUCGUUUACAUGCUGAGGAGUCGGCAGCUCAGUUCUGGAGAUGUACCUCUGUUAGUUCGCCAUCUUUCACACUCCUUGGGUGGCGCAGUGCACUCGUAAUAGGACCUUAUCAGAGACAAGUGGGGAAACCAGGGGGCUCUUUUUCUGCCAACAAGUUAUAACUCCUUUGUCCAUGGGACUCCUAUCUUGAGCCUGCUGUAAGCACCACUUUCUCUUGCACACUUAACCUUGAUUUUCCUCUUUGAUCCAGAAGGGUUGGUUGUGACCAGAGGGUGAUUCUGCAUUUAGCCCUCGCCAGCAAAGGCAUGUGCAAUAGUGAGACCCAGUGGAAGGGAAAAGCACAAUUUUUCAGCAAGAUGAUCUCAGAAAGUUUGCAUCGAUGUUCCGUUGUAUGUGUUUCUCCUGAAAUGCCACCUAGAAGAGACGACUGUUAAAAAUGUUGUGCUUGGCUCCUGUGGUUUUCGGAUUUUUUUUUUUUUUUCACCUCUAGCAACUGUGUAGCCUCGAAGCCAUCAAGCUUGGAUUAUGGUUGUUGGCAGAGGUGUUCAUCCUUCUCGCUGAUUCGAUCCUGGCGGAAGUUGCAUAUGUGACAUUUGUUUCAGCAGGACGAAAACUCGUCUUCCUGUAAACCGGGAGCUGCUUAUUUGAGGAGAAGUUAAUGCGUGUAAAUAAUGCUCUGACAAUCGAUAUUCAAUGCCUUCCUUUUGAAUCUUUGCUCCAGUGCAUAGUGUACAGAAUCCUCACUCUGGUUCAGAAAAAGGAAAGGAAGUAACCGUUUGGAGAAUUAUUGCUAAAGACAGGUUUCACUGUGUCUUUGCCCUGGUCAUGCCGAGUUUGCCUAGUGAUCCGAGAGGCCUAUUGGAACUUGGAGGCCAGAGUACUAUUCAGGCUUAGAGGUGUAGCCUAGCAGGGACUAUUCAUGGAGACUUGCACGUUCUGACGCUUGCACACACUGAGCAAGCUCUGUAGUCACCAGCUCUCGGGGAGCAGAAAGGCCUGGAUCAGGAAAGAUCUUGCUCUAAUAGUUGGCAGUAUGAGUCUGAUCGAUUUUUUUUUUUAAUAGAGUGUCUUUAUCUUCGUAGGUGUUCUAGGAUACCACCAUAGAAGUCGACACUCCAUUCGCUCCAAGGCUAUCCAUGUGUUGGCCUUGGUGCCCUUAUGCUAAGAACCUUGACAUUUCCGAAAUGUCUCAAUUGCUGUUGCUGCCUAAGACCAGGUUUGUCAAUCCAUAUGUUGGAAAUAUGCUUUAAAAUCAGUCAUUCAGACUGAAUGCAAUUUAGUUACAUGCCUAGAUGAGACUUUGUUCCUCCACCCCAGCUCUCCAGUAUUUGCAGUCAUAUUAGUAAAAGCCAUUUGGAUUCGGCUAAGUGCUCAUUAGCCAUUUUUCUGAGUUGUGAGAGUUCAGUGCAAGUUAGCGAGCUCCCCCACGGCGUUUUCCCAAGACAGACAGCACAGCAAACAUAGCUGCUCCCCUGGGUGCCAGCAUCUCUCCAGAUGGGUGGUGUACGUAGGCUUGUGUUUAGGCUCAGCUUUGUCUUGUGGGACAGUAAUGACCAAGGAUCUGUAGCAUUGUCUUUUUACCCACGGGAUAGGCAGAAAUGGGCACUGACGAGAUAUAGGCAACACCUAUUUUGAGACCUUGAUUGUAACUUGUUUUCCAAUUCAGCAGGCGGCCUAGGCUGGGGCUGGAAAGGGGUAAGUCCUUCAUUGCAUGAUGAUGUGUGCGGGUUUUCCUGGCUCUAGAGUUCCUGUCAUAGCUGAGUUCACACGUGUGAUUUCACAGCAAUAACUUGUGUCUCUGAAAGACUAACUGAUUUGUUAAUACUGAAGGAAACCAGAUUUGCUUAAAUCUGUUAAAGGCUGACAUUCUGAAACUAUAAAUGAUAUUGGGCAGAAAGGUUCUAAUUUUGACCCAGGCCUAAGGUGGCUCUUUGGGUGAGAGAUUUCCUUUUUGAUUGUGGAAAUCUGAGUAGUCAGAAACAUGGCUUACAAAGGACAGCUUAAGGCCUGUUCAAGCAAGCCUGUGUGUUUUGUGGAAGAGGAGGGAGGAAUCGGUUAUACCAAAAAAGAGCUACAUGAAGGGCUCAGAGUGUGUGGGGCAAUUGCAUUAUCUUUCGAUUCCCUUUUGUUCCCACGACGAAUGCUUUGAUUUGAAGCCCCCCAGAGUGGGACCGCUUGCAUCUCAGAAGCGGGGUCCCUUACCAGGUUUAACCAAUCAGCAGUGUUGAGAAUGUCAGCCAGAGCUCGGUGUUACGGUCGUGCGUGUCACCUGCAGCUCUUGGCAUGCCUGGCUGUGCGUCUUGAUAGUCACCUUUGCUCUUGCAGUGCCAAUGGGAAAAGAAUGUGUUUGUGUUUUUUUUUGUUUUCCUGUUUUUGCAAAAUAACCUUAAAGGUCACUUAAAAUUGUUUUUGUUUUUUGAUCGUCUGAUUUUGCAUAGCAUUUCUGGGACCAAAAUUAAAAAGAUCAUAUUCUUCAUAGAGAACAUGAUAAACAAUCCUCACUCUGGUUCAGAAAAAGGAAACUGGAAAGAUCAGAUAUGUGGGAGAUUGAUUGUGGCAACCCUGCAGGCUGCUGGUAAGGCAGUUUCUAGGAUCCCCAUUGUUCCCUUGUGUAGUUUUCCUGACUAAAGAGGGUAGCACACGAGAGGUUUAAAGUACUUCCUUCUGUGUCGUAAUUCUCAUAUCAACACUAUCUACUCUGGGCAGGGUCAGCUGAGUUGUACAUUUGCAUUCCUUGCUGUCCUCAAAUUAAGCUUGCAUCAAAAGACCAGAUAUGUCUUUGAAAAUGGACAAAAUUGUGCACUAAGUUCUCUGUGGACACUAGAAAAAUAGAGUGCUUCCAGGGGUCGUUUAACUGUAGAAUAUGUGGGGAAAUGUUCAGCCUUUUUUUCUUGGCCAUCCAACAUUGUCCCAUUUCACCACUCCAGUUUACUUGUGAAAAAGUUAUUUUGUUACAGUGCUCACGUUUUAUUUGUUUUGGUCAUUGUGAGCGAAGCACAUAGUCGAGUGAUGUGAUACAGCAACCGAGACCUAGUGUAGUAGUCAUCUCGAUUCAAGGGAUUCCAUUAGAUCACCAAAUCCCUGCUUCCUUCGUCGAUGACCUCUGUGGGCGUCUGUCUUGUGCAGGAUUACAGACGUCCUAUGUGGAAGCACACACGCUAGAGCCCUCCUCUGCAGUGCACUUGUGGAAAGUGUGCUGUCCCGAGAUCGCGUCCUCUGUGUGCUAGGGCUCAUUGCUUGAGUGAUGCACGGAGUUCUGUGGGCUAGCCCUACCAGGCGCCUACCCUGCUGGGAGUGUUCUCUUGGCUAGCUCCUGAAGUCAGAGGACCCUUUGAGACACUACAUUGUUCAGUCGCCUGUUGUACCCACCUAACGUGCUCUUCUAUGGCAAAGCGACUAAUUGUUUCCACAUCAGUUUUCAAUAAACAUAUUUCUUUAGA